UGUCUUGAGCGCAGGGCUCGGGUCGGCGGCCGCUUGGCUCGGCUUCCAGGAGUGCGGGCUGGCCACUGCAGCCCCUGAGCCGGGAGCCAGACGCGCCCCGCCGCCCCCGCCCGGACGCAGGGCCUCGCCAGAGCCGCGUUGUUCCGGAACCCGGGGGUCCCCAACUUUGCGCCAAGUUCGGAACCGCCCUCUGGGGGAGCCAUGCAAAUGAUGACCAGGGACGUCCUGCUAGAAAUGGACCAGGAGGAGGAGGAGGACGACGACGGGGAUAUCGGGUUGGACAACCUUGAACAGACAGCCGUCUCCAAUUUUGGAGUACUGGAAAGUCAGCCUGAUUUCCGAACCCCAGAGUUUGAAGAAUUUAAUGGAAAACCCGACUCCCUCUUUUUUAAUGAUGGUCAGCGAAGAAUCGACUUUGUUCUAGUAUAUGAAGAUGAAAGUAGAAAAGAAACCAAUAAAAAGGGUUCAAAUGAAAAACAAAGGAGAAAAAGACGAGCAUAUGAAUCUAACCUCAUCUGUGAUGGCCUGCAUUUAGAAGCAACAAGAUCGAUUUUGGAUGAUAAGCUUGUAUUUGUAAAAGUACAUGCCCCAUGGGAGGUGUUAUGUACAUAUGCUGAGCUAAUGCACAUCAAAUUGCCUCUGAAACCCAAUGAUCUGAAAACCCGGUCCUCAGCCUUUGAUAAUUUCAGCUGGUUUACCAAAGUCCUCCAAGUGGAUGAAAGUAUCAUCAAGCCAGAGCAAGAGUUUUUCACUGCCCCAUUUGAGAAGAACCGGAUGAAUGAUUUUUAUAUUCAGGAUAGAGAUACUUUCUUCAAUCCAGCCACCAGAAGCCGCAUUGUUUACUUCAUCCUCUCUCGGAUCAUGUAUCAAGUAAGAGACAAUGUUAAAAAGUUUGGGAUUAACAAACUUGUCAGCUCUGGGAUCUACAAAGCAGCUUUCCCUCUCCAUGAUUGCAACUUCAGCCAUAAGUCAGAGGAUCUCAGCUGCCCAAGCGAACGGUAUCUUCUGUACAGGGAGUGGGCUCAUCCGCGAAGUAUAUACAAAAAGCAGCCCUUGGAUCUUAUCAGGAAAUAUUAUGGAGAAAAGAUUGGAAUCUACUUUGCUUGGCUGGGCUACUAUACUCAGAUGCUCUUGCUGGCUGCGGUAGUCGGAGUGGCUUGCUUUCUCUAUGGAUAUUUUAAUCAGAAUAACUGUACAUGGAGCAAAGAAGUUUGUCAUCCUGAUAUUGGUGGCAAGAUCAUCAUGUGUCCUCAGUGUGAUCAACAUUGUUCAUUCUGGAAUCUUAAUAUUACUUGCGAGUCCUCAAAGAAAUUGUGCAUCUUUGAUAGUUUUGGAACCCUAGUGUUUGCAGUAUUUAUGGGAAUAUGGGUCACCUUGUUUUUGGAGUUUUGGAAGCGGCGCCAGGCGGAACUUGAGUACGAAUGGGACACUGUUGAGUUACAGCAGGAAGAGCAACCCCGGCCAGAAUAUGAGGCACAGUGUACUCACGUGGUGAUCAAUGAGAUUACUCAGGAACAAGAGCGUGUACCCUUCACUACCUGGGGAAAAUGUGUCCGUAUAACCCUCUGUGCAAGUGCUGUCUUAUUCUGGAUCCUAUUGAUCAUUGCUUCCGUUAUCGGGAUCAUUGUCUACAGGCUGUCAGUGUUCAUUGUGUUUUCUACCAAACUUCCCGAGACCUUAAAUGGGACAGACUCAAUCCAGAAGUACCUGACUCCACAGACAGCCACGUCUAUCACAGCUUCCCUCAUCAGCUUUGUCAUCAUCAUGAUUCUGAACAUCAUAUAUGAAAAAGUAGCCAUCAUGAUUACGAAUUUUGAACUCCCAAGGACCCAGACUGAUUAUGAGAACAGCCUGACCAUGAAGAUGUUCUUAUUCCAGUUUGUCAACUACUAUUCUUCAUGCUUCUACAUCGCAUUCUUUAAGGGCAAAUUUGUAGGUUAUCCGGGAGACCCAGUCUAUUGGCUGGGAAAAUACAGAAAUGAAGAGUGUGACCCAGGUGGCUGUCUCCUUGAACUGACAACACAGCUGACGAUAAUCAUGGGAGGCAAAGCAAUCUGGAAUAACAUACAAGAGGUGUUACUUCCCUGGGUCAAGAACCUAAUUGGACGAUGUCGCACGGUUUCCAGAACAGAAAAAAUAACCCCGCGAUGGGAACAAGACUACCACCUGCAGCUCAUGGGCAAACUGGGAUUGUUUUAUGAAUAUCUUGAAAUGAUUAUUCAGUUUGGGUUCGUCACCUUAUUUGUGGCCUCUUUUCCACUGGCCCCUCUGUUGGCUCUGGUGAACAAUAUAUUGGAAAUAAGAGUGGACGCAUGGAAAAUGACUACCCAGUAUAGACGCAUGGUUCCCGAAAAAGCCCAAGACAUCGGAGCAUGGCAGCCCAUCAUGCAAGGAAUAGCAAUUCUGGCUGUGGUGACCAAUCUAACCAGAAAAUUCAGAGGACUUCUACUCCCCAUUCCUCAGCACUCUGGUUUGAUUGUGGCCAUGAUCAUUGCUUUCACGUCAGACAUGAUCCCCCGCCUGGUGUAUUACUGGUCCUUCUCUGUCCCUCCCUAUGGGAACCACACCCAUUACACCAUGGAAGGAUACAUCAACAGUACUCUCUCCAUUUUCAAGGUGUCAGACUUCAAAAAUCAAAGCAAGGGAAAUCCAGACCCUAAGGUUGUCAUCCCUACCACAUGCAGGUACCGUGAUUUCCGGAACCCACCUGGACACGAACAACAGUAUAAACACAACAUCUACUACUGGCAUGUGAUCGCAGCCAAGCUGGCUUUCAUCAUUGUUAUGGAGCAUCUCAUCUACUCUGUGAAAUUUUUUGUAUCCUAUACCAUCCCAGAUGUAUCAAAAAACACGAAGAGCAAGAUCAGGAGAGAAAAAUACUUAACCCAAAAGCUUCUUCGUGAGAAUCACCUCAAAGAUAUGACAAAAAAUAUGGGGGUCAUAGCUAAGAGGAUGGGGGAAGUGGUAGAUAACAAUUUACGACCAAAAUUAGAAUAAGAGCUUUAUGUUCUGAGAAGCACUUUACAGAAUUUAACUGUCAAAAUAUAUUAUGAAUCACUAAUGAGAAUGUUUAAGUUAAAACACUUUGGCAAAUAGGAGUCUUCGCUAUUAGCCAUUUUCAUAGAGAUGAUUUUUCCGUUUCAGCCAGCCACGCAGGACCUGGGAAAUGUAAAACUUAGAUCAAGAAGUGCAUAAAACUAAUCACCUGGAAAACCAGAAAUAUUACCCUUUUUUGAUAAAUUGGAAUUUCUGUAACACAGAAAGUGUCUCGUAGUGUGCUUAAAAACCGCCCCUUCCAAAGCAGAAUGGAUUUUUGUCCCUCCAUUUGAUUAUUUUCAUUCCUUUCUGUUCUCAAGCACAUGCUCCCCUUUUAGGCAAUGUUUCAUUUCUUCACUUCGCCAGAUCUGUCCCAGAGUUAGCUUUCCCUAAGACUAGACAGACAUGCUAGCUUUUGUGUGAUUAAAAAUAGCUAACUCAGAAUUCGGUUUGAAUGGUGUAUUCAGUGGCAAAUAGACCCAAGAAUUCACGGUAUUUAGGUGUAUUAGCACAUCCCUACAGAAAAUGAAACCUCACUUAAUAAGAGGAAAUGGUUUCAGUCUUCAUUUUGGCCUGUCUUUCCGAUCUCAAAGAAAUACUCUUAAUGGAUUGGAAUAAAGAUAGCAAGGUCCUGAAGUGUAUUUGUACUAAUCCACAGUGACACCUUUUAUCUUCUAGGAGCACUCCUAGAAUCUUCUGUGCCUAAUCAAUGUUGACUGCUUUGCAAAUCUCAAGGGAGUAAGAUGACAAAAGCAGGGAAAGUUACAGAUUCAAAUAGAAUUGUAACUCCUAUUGAUCAGGAUAAUUUACCUCUUCUAAAUAUAUAUAGUUUCUUGGGAAGAAAAUGAAAUCAAGGGACUAAAGUUACAUUUUUAUCAGUGUAAUGGUCUGGAAAGAUAAGCCCAUCCGUUUCCCACCAGUUGUCGGUGACGCCUCAGAUCCAGGAGGGAGAGCAUCAGAGCCCACAAGCGCCACUGGGAACGGCUCACUAUCUAGCCAGUGUGGCAGGCCAGUGCUGUGCGCGCUUAAGAGAACAGCAAGUGCCCUCACUGUGAGGCCGUGUGGGGCGUGCCUUUCCAGCAGGGGUCCUGCAGCCAAGUGAUCAACAUACCAAGGCAUCUGCCAUGGUCAGGGUGGUUCCCCACAUCCUCCAUUCCCUGUUCCCAGCCCAGCAACUUUGUAACUUGCACGCACCAAGGGCUGGGUGGGAGCGGUGGUGGGGGAAGUGGAGGCAGACAGGAGCAGACCCAGAUCACUCCCAGUUCAGAAAAGAGACUGGUUUUGAUUUGCGCUUCCAGCCUCCCUGACUUCCUGCUGAACGCCUUUGCCACGCAUAUCUUGCCUUCAGUGUGUUCAGCUCAGCAGUCUUUACUGCGCUUUACUGCCUUGCGGGUGCAAGGCCCUCUGGUGGGCUCUGGAGAAGAGCCGGGGCCUGCACCGCUCACCCUCGACUGGCACCAGGGCAGCGCUGGGUGCAGGAGAGGGGUCUGGCCCUGGGUUCUUGCUAGGUGGGCCACCACCCACUGCGGUGCUGCUAAACGCCCAGGUGCCAUGGAAGCCAAGCCACUCAGAAUCCCAGCAGCAAAGGGAAAGGAAAGCUGUUUCAUGAGCAGAUUCAGAGGCUUGUUGUAAGAGAGCAGCUUCACUCAAGGUCACAGUUCUGCACGCAUGCCGUGAAUGUUUAAAAAAACGAACAACAAAAAUAGUAUUUACGUAGGAUCCAUCAAAGCAGUAUUCUGGGCUUCUGAAUUGUCCCAGUGGAUCAGGGGCAACAUUUCACCAACUUUCUUGGUCACAUGAACAAUGGGAACUGAGUGCUCCCAACAAGCCACACGAGCUCUGACUGCACAAGGAGUAAGGAAGGAGUUUCUUGCAGCUGCUCAGUCCGCACAGCCCAGACCAGGUGCGUCUGGUCCUUCCCCUGCUCAGCUGUGACACUGCUCCUAGCAGUGGGGUGUCACUUCCUCUCCUCUCACCUCUGCUCUUCUCCGAAGCCUAGGACUAUCUCCUCGUGUUGGAUUUAGCGAGUACUCACUGUUUAUGGGAGCCCAGAAAAGGAAAUGUUCUUGCCUUAUCUCCUUGUAUAUACAACUUUAAAAGAAUUGUGCAUUUACAUCUUCAUAAAUCAUCUUUCACAAAUCAUCUUCAUAGUUUACAGUGUGCUUUUGUGGCCAGGAGGGGGAAAAGCUCUACAUUUAUAAAGGCAGAAAAUCCGAUGCAUGACAUUCCCCAAUAUUCCCCAGUAUUCCCCAAACAGCGAAGGAGUAGGGAGCCAGGCUCCCCUGUGACACGGACAGCAGUCACGUAACUCCAGUGCUGACUGGGCGGCGGCGACGAAAAAUGCGGGGCUGCGUGUGCAGGCCGGCACGGGCCGGAUCGGGAUAUGUGUGCAGAAGCAGCACCCCAGGAAAAAGGGUGGGUGUGACGGUGCCCCCAUGAGAGGAGAAUCUGGCCUUCCGCCUGCCCGGUGUUAACCACUAGAGAACUUUGAGUUUUAUAUCCUUUUGUAAUGCCUGUGAAUUUUAGCAGAUUGAAGCAUUAGACCAAAAUACUCAGGAGAUUUUUCGUUAACUAUCCCUCACAUAUUUCAGGUGUGUCGAUAGAAAGGGAAUGCUAUCAUUUUUGUUUGAAAACUAAACAAGGCCAUCUUGUAAACUGUCACCAAACGCCUUGCCUUUUAAUUACCCGUGCGUUCAUCUGGAAUUUCAGAAAACAUUAGUUCACCAUGGGGGGCAGAAUGAGCUCUGCUAUUGAAACACUUCUUGUACCGUUUCCUCAUUGUGCAUAUUAUAAGAUGUUUGAAAAGUUAAAAUGUUUGAGCAGCUUAACUAAACUAGAACGGAAAUAUUCACGAUGCUUUCAUACACUGCAGCAUAAGAUGUAAAGUUUGUAAUGUUUUGUGAAUUUGUGCAUUUUAAUAUUCUUUUAUAAUUAUGAGCAUUUUAAUAAAUUCAUUUUUCA